UUGCUCACAUGAUCGUAGGUAAAUUGAAACGGAGUAGCAGCAUUAAUAAUUUGGGGAAAAUUCUCAAAGCACCAACACAAGGUUUUUUACUCGUUCAUAGCGAAAACUGAGAGGCUCAAAUUUCUGCUACUCAAAUGGAAUCCAAGCAAUAUGUAGCCUUCCAUAUACCCCCAGAUCUGAAAAAAAACCCACAAAUCAUUCUCAAUUACCUUCAAUAAAAAAAUCAGUCUUGACGACAAUCUCUGUGUUGCCAGCAGAACUCAUCACUGAAAUCCUCUCAAGGGUACCAGUGAAAUCGAUUUUGAAAUUCAGGUCUGUUUCGAAAUCUUGGCUUGCUUUGAUCUCUAGCCCUGAAUUUAUCAACACCCAUCUCAGCUUAUCCACUCGUAACAACAAGGAUUACACUCACCAAUUGCUUACGAUGAAUUUUCGUGCAGCUACGAAUGGUCUUUAUGAGUAUACUCUUAAAGAUUUUACUCUUAGUUCCUUACUUAAUGAUUCUGUAACUGAGGCAUUUGACUUGGAUUACCCAUACAAGAAAUUGCACAAUCAUUUUUCGAUUGUAGGUUCUGUUAAUGGAUUGAUUUGUCUUGUCAUUGAUGAAUAUGAAUUGGUUCUAUGGAAUCCAUCAAUUAGGAAGUACAAAAAUUGCCUGAUUCUAAACCUACAUUAAUGAAGAAAGAUUGCUGACCUUUAUAUGGUUUUGGAUACGAUGAAUUCCACGAUGAUUAUAAGGUAGUGGCUAUUAUUGUGAAAUAUAGCAGUCGGGAUCAAGUUGAGGUCAAAAUAUAUAGUUUACACAGUGAUUCUUGGAAAUGUGUUGAUGAAUGUCCAAUUAAGAAGCUACUAAAAAUAUCGGGCAAGUUUGUGAAUGGGAAACUUUAUUGGAUUACUCAUGGCCCUGAUUUGUUUAAUAUGUAUAAAGACGGGAACAUCAUUUCUAUUGAUUUGGCUGAUGAGAAAUGGGGAAAGGUGGAGCAGCCCAACUAUGGAAUAGGACAUUUUUCUUUGAGUCUUGGAGUGUUUGGAAGUGAUUUUUCUAUCUUUUGUGAUAAUAUGGUUAGUCAUGUAGAUGUUUGGGUUAUGAAGGUGUAUGGGAUUAAAGAAUCAUGGACAAAGAUGUUAACUAUCGAGUAUCCAGAUGAUCCUUUUGUGGAUUAUGAUUAUAUGCUGUUUCCAUCCUCUUUCAUAUCAAAUAAAGGUGAAAUUUUGGUUUGUUUUGGAUCUAGUAAAGUCAUGACAUAUUCUACUUCACUUGAUAAAAAAAGUAACAUCAUGACAUACAAUCCAAAGGAUGACUCUUUCAGAUAUUCAAAGGUUAUUAACUUUAACUUUGACGGUUGGCGUCUGGCGGAAAUCUAUGUUGAAAGCCUAGUUUGUCCUUUAUCUGCAGAAGGGAGAAAGAAUGCAACAAAAAGGAAGGCUGGAAAAACUCAGGUGAACAACAAUUAAUCAACAAAUGACUUGAAGUGAAAGUUGCUCACUGCCGACUGCUUGAAUCAAAACUGUGAAGAAUGGCUUUUCCGAGCUCUGAAUGUUCAUGGAAGGUACUCUUACUUCGUUGUAGCUUGAACGGGUCAUGAACAAGAUGUCGUUUGUGCCGGUAGAAACAAGUACCUCAAAGAAGUUACAGAUGAUUGAUACUAGAUCUCUAUCAGUAUGUAAACGCACGAGAGUUGAUGUCACCAACAAUUUUCCUAAAAAUUGUCAUCCAUCCGUUCGUCAAAACAAUGGAAACACUGUUCAACAACAUGAUGUCUUGAUUAAUCAUAAGUUAAAAGUUCCCAAAAUUUCAUCAGUUUAUUCAAGAUGUGAAUGGUUUUCAAACGGUGGACGUAUUAUAAAUGAAUCUAAAUUUCCUGCUAUUUCUGAAUAUGAGCAUAUUCAGAAACGAAAACAAGUUAGAGAGACUCUCAAACAUUUUGCUGAUGAAUAUACUAAGCUUUUGGGAGAAAAGAAAGCAGAAAAACAAGGAAAACAUAUCAACAUAGAGGCUGCAAUGAUUUUGAGAAAAGAAGGAAAGUGGGUAAAUUCUGAGUGGGCCUUUGGUCAUGUUCCUGGAGUUGAAAUUGGUGAUCAAUUCCGGUUCAAGGUAGAGCUUGCUAUGGUCGGACUACAUCACGAAAUUUUUAGGGGUAUCGAUUAUGUGCAUAUUAAUAGAAAAAAUGUUGCAACUUGCAUUGUUGAUUCUGGUCUAUACGAGAAUGAGACCAUAUCUUCUCAAAAGUUCAUUUAUGUAGGUCAAGGAGGGAAUCCUAGAGUAUCUGUUAAUGCGAGAGUGGAAGAUCAACAGCUUAAAAGGGAUAAUCUUGCCUUGAAGAACUCAAUGGAUUUGGGAUAUUCUGUGAGGGUUAUUUAUGGUCGUCCAAGAGUUAAUGGUGAAAAGAUCGAUGGAAAAUACAUUUACUAUGGGUUGUACACUGUAACUAAGUGUUGGCGAGAAAGAGGUCCAACUGGAAAAUACGUUUUCAAGUUUGAACUGCAGAGGAAUCUUGGCCAGCAAGAACUUACUCAGUUAGUCAAUGUCAAUCAUAUUUGUGAAAAUGUUAACAAGGCACCAAAAUCUACUAUGCAGACAAAGUUUGUUAUGGAGUAUGAUGUGUCGCAAGGGAAGGAGAAUAUACCGAUCCCCACUAUCAAUGAAAUAGAUGAUGAGAGACCCCCACCUUUCACAUACAUUACUAAUAUGCAGUAUCCUGAUUGGUAUUAUAUCAUUAGGCCUCAAGGUUGCAGUUGCACAAGUAGAUGCUCGACUUUUGAUCAGUGCUCGUGUGCUUCUAAGAACGGAGGCGAGUUUCCAUUCAACCCAAGAAGCUCUAUUCUUAAAGCAAAACCUCUUGUUCAUGAGUGUGGUCCAUAUUGCAAAUGUCCUCCAUCUUGCAAAAAUAGGGUUAGCCAACAUGGUCUUGGGUACCAUUUCGAGGUUUUCAAAACCAAAUUGAAAGGAUGGGGUUUGAGGUCAUCAGAUUAUAUUGCACCCGGAAGUUUUAUUUGUGAAUAUAUCGGAGAAUUGCUUGAUCAUAAGGAAGCCAAAAUUAGAAUGGAUUAUGAUGAGUACUUCUUUGAUGUUGGCAACUAUUAUGAAUAUAUCCCCCAAAGGAAGGUUGUAAGUAGUAAAGUCGAGUCAAAUUCUUUUAAAAGGAUGGAUGAAGAAGGAUUUACUAUUGAUGCAGCAAUAUAUGGGAAUGUUGGUAGAUUUAUCAAUCAUAGUUGCUCACCAAACCUUUGUGCUCAAAAUGUCAUGUAUGACCAUGGUGAUAAAAGAGUACCUCACAUAAUGUUUUUCGCUUCCAAAAGUAUUUAUCCAUUAGAGGAGCUUACGUAUCACUACAACCACCGGAUUGUCCGUGUUCAUGAUACAAAUGGCAAUUUGAAGAGAGAGAAGGGUAAAUGUGGCUCUCAUAAAUGCAGCGGGAGAAUGUAGUAAAUUACUACUUGAUGUACCGUGAGUGUAUGGUAUUUUUGCUGCAUUAUACUUGAAGUUUGUGUGCGUCUUAGGCAUUUUUGUUAUUAGAUAUGAUGGUUUUUGCCCUAAUUUUGCAGGAAAUCGGUUUGAAGCAGUUGAAGUUGAAUGUAGUUGAACUAGGAGGAAUUUGGCAACCUACGAGCUCACUCAUGAGCCGUAGGUGGGAGCCGUGGGUCAAUUGUUCAAGGAAGUCUGACCAAAGUGUGGAACCACAGAUGUAAAUGACGGAUCGUAGUCUGACUGACGGAUCGUGGAUGCUGAUCGUCGAUUAAAUCAAAGAAGAGGAGUUCCAGUACUUGAACAACGGAGAGACAGGACAUAUCGUGUAUAGACCUACGGACCGUAGGUGAUGACCGUCGAUUGAAGACUAAAAAUUUUGGCCUACUGCUGAACCACAGAGGAGACUCACGGACCGUUGGCUGAUCCAUGGUCUGUUGUUUGCUGCCGUCGAUCGAAACUGCUCAAAUCGGAUUUUUCAUAUAUUUUCUUUUGCUAGGAUUUAGUUUCUAUAUUAUAAGUUGUAUUUUUCAUUUUUGGGUUGUUAGACUUUCUGGGAUAUUUUGUUUCUAUUUUGAGGAUUAUUUUUCAAACAUUUUCGACAAUUAAUUCUCAAAGCUUUGUUUAUGA